UUUCUUGCUGGGGCAGCACGACGCUGUCCCAUGCUCGCUCUCCCGUGAAGAUGGUAGGUGCCUCAUGCUGCAGGAGCAGUAUCUUUUCAACGGUCAACACCAUCAUGAGCGUUACGUGGCUGCUGGUUGUGGGUGCCGUACUGGUCUCCCAGCAGGCGUCGGCUCUUCCUACUGCGUCGGCUCUUCCUACUGCGUCGGCUCUUCCUACUGCGUCGGCUCUUCCUACUGCGUCGCCUGUUUCCGCCGCCGAUCGCUUGGCGGAGGAAAUCGCCAACCUUCAAAAGAUUUUGAAGACCGGAGCGUUGGAGUAUAGCAUUCCAGUUCUGGAUCCUCUGGACAUCAUCCAGAUCCCGAUCAACGCCAACAACAGUGUCAUCAAGGCGUCUGGCUCCCUGAACGACCUGGUCGUCGACGGCAUCUCCUCCUUCACCGUGACGAGGCUGGAGCAGACCGCUGGAGACGUCAGUGGCCGCGUGUCUCUUGCCAUUGAACUGCCUGCAGCAAACGCAACCUUGGAGUACGAUCUGCAAGGCAAUAUUCAGAUUAGUUUCCUCGACCUCCAGCUGGACGGAAAGAGUGCAGUCUCUGUGAAGCUAGAAGGACUCAAAGCGAACGCUGAUCUGGAUAUUACAAUCAACCCCGACAAUUCCAUCACCGUGGAUAACAUCUGCAACGUCGACUUUGGAUUCCACAAAGUAACAUUUCAAAUUGAUGCAAUAAACUACAUCCUGAACCACCUCGUCACCAACCUCUUCCCGAGGCUUGUCAAGUCAAACUACAACAGCAUUAUUGAGCUUAUAGAGACAGUUGGCAAGGACCACAUCAACAAGUACUUCGACAUGGUUGCCGGCAAGACAUCCGGCUGGAAGGCCGUCGCAGUGUCUGACAUGCUGCAGACCUUGACAAACAAACUUGUCGUGUCUCCAGAGGCACACCUUAUUCUCCGCCAAAUCGCUCGUCACUUGGAAGCCUGAAAAAGGGCGAAGCGCCAAGAUAUUACAAGAUACCAUCAUAAAAUAUGUUGGAAUAGAAAAUAAAGCAUGGACCACUUAAAAAUCCA